AUGACGUGGGCAACGACGACGGCGACGACGACGGCGACGACGCGUUGGCGCGCCCCCCCCCAGAAGAGCGCUGCCCGGCCACCCGCGAGCGCGGGCAAUGCAUUCUACCAGAGCUCGAUGGUGGUGGGCAAGAUCGCCGGGGCCGCGGUCGAAGAGGAGGACCUACGUUACCUACAGCACGGCUCGCUGCCAGGCCUGGACGAGCUCGACGACGAGUUCGGCGCGGGCCUGGCGGCGCCGCUGCAGGCGGAGGAGCGCCCGUACAGGAGCUCGCUGCCUGGCCUCGACGAGCUGGACGACGAGUUCGGUUUCGGGGCCGAGGUGCCGCCCGCGGACCCGGCCGCGAGCCCCCCGUUCUCGGGCUACGGCGCCGGCGACCCGUCCGCGCAGUGGGCGGUGCCGCCGCAGUCCCACGUGGUGCUCCAGCUUCAGCCCUCCUCCUACCUGGACGCCUGGGCGCCUCCUGGCGCGUUUCGGCCUGGACCAGGGCUCCGUCGAGUUCUGGGUCCAGCAGGGCCAUCGUGAAUUUAUUCCUCGCCAUCGCGGAGAUCGCGAUCGUUGUGG